CGCGCGCGCCGAUGGCUACCACGACAGACUACGACAGUCGGCGGACCUACGAUCAGUCACCAGUGUGGUGUGUGCCGACGAGGUUAUUCGUUAACGCGUUUGUCGCCGUUUUUUUUCGCGUCUCGAAAUCGUUGUGACAUGUCACGUUAAGUAUGACCACUCUGUAUUUCGUUUAAAACGACAGCGUCUACGGCUUCUCUUCGUCACAGUUCGUCCAGUCCACAGUGAUUGCAGUGGACGAAAAUGCCCGUCGGCCGUUCACUACUACUUCCGCUGUUGUUGGUUACCGCUUCCGUGGUCCGAGGGGGUUCUGCCGCGUACUGUGACGACAAUUUGUUCCCAGAAGUCGACGACGCACAGCGGCUGUAUUCCGGCGUCCGGUUCACCAAGGAACUGAGCACCGCCGAGUAUGGGCCCCUCAACUCGUUCAAGACGCUUCACUGUUGUGGCGAGAGGUAUCUGAGUCUCGAAUGGUUCAAGGAUAAUCGUCCUUAUCCGUGGCCUAGUGACGUCUCCAGUUUCAUAUUAAACCCUGAAAGUGCUAAUCAAACCAUAUACACGCGGAGUUUGACAUCGUCCGACCAUGGUGUAUAUACUUGUCAGCUGGCCAAUCAAACUAACAUUAUAAGUCAUUCAAUGAAACUCGUCACACUGGGUAAAGUCGGUCUUCCAGAUGCCGUCAACACGAUAACUUGGAGGAAAAUCAGUGAUAAACAGCCAAUUGUUUCAAACGAAAAAUACAAAAUAGAAGAAGUGAUUAGGGAAAAUGACCAAGUAUUGGGAGCAUUCCUCUUCAUAAACAAAAUUCAAGAGACUGACUAUGGACAGUAUAUGUGCUCCAUCAGCAAUACUGAUGACCAAAUUGUGCAACAGUUUACUAACAUCACAAAGCCCGUGUUUAACUACGAACAAUGCGAUAAAAAAGUGCAAAGAGACCUUAAAUUGAUCAUUUUUGUUAUGGUUGCGUUAAUUUUUAUCGUUUCGAAACGCCGAUGGUUCUACUGGUCGCAUCAAAAGUUGAAGAAAAAAUUAGAAAGUGAUAAAUAUCCGCUAUCGGAAAAGACUAUAUAUAAAGUARUAGUAUUUUACGACGAAGCGAACAAAGAAAACGCCCAAUACUUAGUUGAAAAUAUGGAACAUCGUGAUAAUUAUAUAGCAACGAAAUAUCAAAUUGAUUUUGAAGAAGAUUUAAUCAAAACACAACCAUAUUUGCUUAAAGGUUUUGACUUCGCAAUAUAUUUUUUGACUUCAAACGAUAAAAAUUCAUUGUCAUUGAUGAAAAAAUCAACGCAAAUAUCUUUUAUUCAAGACAACGUCAUUCCUAAGAAAUACUUCAUCGACUGUAUCAACAUAUCUGAGACGAUGGCGAAAUCGUGGUGUGACAGGGUCCUGGCGGAUCUAAGCAUCAUCGACGAUCACGAAAAGCAAAACAAAAAUACCUCGAACAAAUUGUUGAGAGUUGUCUAAAUAUAUAAUURUAACAACGUUCGGUAGCCGUCAAUGUCAUAAUAAAAUUAUUAUAAUAUUUUGUCGAAACAUAGUAUUCCUAUAUACACCAAACAUUAUAUAAGUAUAUAACUACGGGAUGAGAUUCCAUAAACAAAACAAAAAUCUUUAUUUAUUAUUGUCAUAUAA